CUUUAAACUGGUUCCCUGUAUAGUCUGUGUCAUAACGGUGUGUGUACACUAUCUAGUGCAUCAUGUUCUGGAAGUGGUUUGGGACACAGCCUGUGGUUUGUCGUCACCUUUGUGCAGGAGAAAACGUGUGUUUGAGCUGUGAAGUGGAAACGGAAUUGGUUUGAAAUGUCCCGAAGUGAUUAAGUUUACUGUCAGAUUGUUUUGUUGUUGUAAAAUCACGGAGUAAAUAAACCCAAGGCCGCGGUGAUGUUGCACUCGGAGUCGGAGCCGAGGUUGUACCGGGUGUCACGCCUGCUGUGUGGAGUGUGUACACAUUUACUCUGCGCCGCUUUCACCGUGUUUGUAGCGAUAAUCGCCAACCCAGGCUCCAGUUUGUUUUCUUGGCACCCAUUUCUGAUGACCUUGGCGUUCUCGUUCUUCAUGACCGAGGCGAUUCUGCUCUUCUCGCUGCACUCGUCCCCUGCGGGUAAACUAAAGCACCAGGUAAAAUCGCGGCUGCACUGGAUCCUGCAGUGCUCGUGUGUGUCCUGCGCGCUGCUCGGACUCGGGGCCAUCUUCUACAACAAGCACCUGAACGGUAAGCCGCAUUUCUCCACGUGGCACGGGCUGGUGGGCGUGGUCACCGUGUGCGUGGUGGCGGUGCAGUCGGUGGCAGCGCUGCCGCUCAUCUACCACAAACUGGCUAAAGGCUGGUCUCUGGCCAAGCUGAAGCGCUACCACGCUGCCGCAGGACUCGUCACAUACCUGCUGGGCAGUGCCAGUCUGAUCCUGGGCGCCUGCUCCGCCUGGUUCACGUCCAGCGUCGGGGGGAACGCGUGGUACGUCACCGUGCUGUGCCCUGCCGUCGCCGCCUUCACCGUCAUGAGCCAAGUGACCAACGCCUAUAUGGCCAAAAAACGCCUGCAAUCCUGAAGGAGCGCACGUGCGAUAUGGCAUUCCCACGCCGUUUUGUGACGGUUGUUCGUACAUUAAACAUGUCUGAUGGCUCAUGGACCAUGUUUGGGAUGAAGGUGGACACUAGAGGUGUGCAUCAGGACUGCAUCUCCACGACAACCAACAGCAGGCGCCCGUGGUUCUUACGGUCCGGGGUUUGGUUUGGUCAGAUAUGAAAAGCCGAGACGAAGAAACGCCACGUUUCCUGAACACGGUGCUCGCACGGUGGCGUCUCGGUGACUUAAUCCUUUAAUUUUCAUACUGCUCUCAGCUUUAUAAUUAUCACUAAACUGUUUAUACUUACAGAAACAUGACCCAUAACGCAUGACUGUCGAUUCCCCCCGCCCCGCCCCGCCCCGCCCCGCCCUGCCUUUGACGUGACUGUAAAAUGUACCGAAGGAGAAAAGAAGGGAAAAUAAAUAGUUUCAAGUACAACAAGAAAUGCUGAAUUUUAUUUUCUGUUAAAACAACAUUAAAUAAAUACAAUGUCAUUUUAAUCUCCUCGAAUGUGUGCUAAAUACAAGAGCUGAUGAGUGUCCAUUUGUACUCUGUGUGAGCGUGUGUGAGUGUGAGCUCUCGUCUGGGUCUGUCACAGAUACUGGUCUUAAACACACCAGAAAAUACACACACAAAAAAUAAUCACAAUCCUAACAUCAUAUCCGGCAGAAACAUACAGGGGUCACAUGGUUUUAAAGGUCAUUUUGUUUGUUUAAAAAAAGAAGAAGAAGAAGAGAAAAAGUCAGAGAAAAAAAAAAAGGUACAAAAAUAUAAAGUAGCAAAAUCAUAAAUUAAUAAUUCUGAUAAAAUCAUACACCAGUGGAAAAGAAAGCAAAUCAAGUUACGCCUAGUUUGAUUAGAGAUGGUUGUUUUACAAAAGGAAGAAAGAAAGAGAAACCGUACAAAAACAGGGAUGAGAAGGUGAGAAGAGUCAUGGUCGGAUGGUGGGCGGAGCCUGAGAGGUGCUCCUCUGAGAACAGACAGUGAUUGAUUGGUUGACAUGUUUUGUUGGGAAUUUCAGAAUAAUUUUCA